AUAUAGUUUUUCAAAUCUGUCAAACCUCUUCUUCUCAUCAUCUUCUUGUCUUGGAAGAAUUCAGCAAGAAAAGAAAUGAAGAAGCAGCAAGAGAAGAAGAGAGAACAACCAGCUGGCCACUUCCUUGUUGUGAACCCACCGAAGCUAAUCUUCUUUUAAUGUUGUCCUCCUCCUCACGAAGAGAGCAUGAGCUCUCUGGCUCACGCAAGGCUGCGUGCGUGCCGUGCCGCACCACCCCUUCCAGAUAUUUUUUGGUCACCCUCCACAGCCGCCCAACACCAUCUGCCUCCACCUGCUCCCCUCUUCUUUCCCCUCUCCCAAGUCGAAUCCGAGAGAGGAGAAACCCCAUCGAGCGCCAUCGCAGCAACCUCGACCUCGCCGUCGAUCCGCCAGCUCCGGCCAUUCCCCGAUGAUCUGAGACUACCAAUAGCUGCGCCUUGAUGCCGCGGUCCUUCUCAAGCCAAGAAAUCGAGCCGGGGCGCUCCAUAUCAUCGCCAGCUUCGUCGUUUCCUCUCCGACCACGGCGAAGAAAUCUCUGUUUCCGGCCGCCUCCAACCUCGCCCGCCCUCGCCAAGGUGUUCAUCUUACUCCUGGUGAGACGGCACCUCUAUUCCACCUCUUCCCUGUCAUGUUUGCUCUUUGUUCGGCGUCGCGUAUUUCUGAUGGAACUGUCGUCUUCCUGUCCGAGAUACGCUGUCGGCGUUCGUGUUACUGCCAUCGCCUGGGGCCUUCAUCCACUUCGCCACCGCGGUGCUCUCUGGCAAGUACCUCGUCGUCUCUGCUUCAUCUCCGUCCUUGUCGAGCUCACCUUCCUCGCCAUCGACCUCCCUGCAUUUGCUUCUUCCCGGAUAGGAUCGCGAAGUGGUGUGGUGAGAUACGACAAGAUCUCCGGAUGUCCCUCGGCAAGCUUUAACAGGUAUGAAGAUAUGUUCGAUGAAGACGACGCUAGCAAGGUUACCCUUCCGGCUUGGCCUGGGCAGGGUUGUGGACGCCAUCGUUUAUCUUCAGGACUCUUAGUCCAAUUUGUAUCUUGUCCGUACUCGGAUGUAUUUGAUCUUCUGUAUGAUUUGGAUCUUUGUAUGUAUCUAUUUGUAUCUUGACUCGUUGGAGUCGUUGUUGUAAUAUAUGUUUCUUGUGGGCUCUAUUGUAAUCCUGUUGUAAUGUUA